UCAUGCAAAGUCGCCAUGUUCGGGACCCUUGCUGUGAUGGUAGACGGGAAAAGUAGCUUUAUCAGCGAUUGAAACGUGUCAUUACGAUAAAUGACUUAAACAACAUUACGAACAGGUUUUACUUGACGCCAAACAGACUAAAUGAGAGUGCUCGAGACUGAAGCGACACAGUCGUACAACAUGGGAAAGAACCGCAAACAUAAGAUGCGAAAGGCCAAGGAAGCCUCCGAUUCUUCUGAUGAUGGAUGUGCAUCAUUACCAGUGUGUAACCAUAUUAAUAUGGCUGUUAACUUGGCUGCCAUGAAGAAAGGAUUGACCAAACAAGUGUAUGGGGAGUGCGCGUCCUGUUCUAAGGAUAGUUCAACUGGACGCAAACCAGGACAAGGGGAAACUUUGGACCAGGCUAGUGCACCUCAUCAGGAAGAAAGUUUGAUUGGUGACCAAGAGCCUACACUGUGGGUGUGUCUACAGUGUGGACACCAGGGUUGUGACCGAAACUCACGAGACAAGCAUGGCCUGAAGCAUUACGAGACCCCACGGUCUAGCUGUCACUGUCUGGUGAUAAACUCCACCACCUGGACAUGCUGGUGUUACAAGUGUGAUGAUGAUAUUCCACUGGAACGCAGUAAAAGACUACAGGAGUGUAUGGAGUUCUUAAGGAAACAAGCAGGUCUGCCCCAGCCUGAACUAGUGAAGCGUGUGACACAGGAGGCUGCUGCUGCUGUAGAUGGGUCGGAGCAGGUUGUAAAGGACACCAAUACUCGACCCCUUACUCCAAAGACCUCAGCACCUGGACUGUGUCAUAAAAUCAAGGGCCUGAGUAAUCUUGGAAAUACCUGUUUCUUCAAUGCUGUCUUACAGAAUAUGACCCAGACACAGUGUUUUGAGAGCUGUCUGUUGGAACGCGGAAAGAAGGGUCGGUCAGUGUCAAUUUCCGGCAAGAGUGAUACUGAUGACAGCUCCACGGGGGAGGAAAGUGAUGGAGAACCGCCGCCUGUCAAGGAACUUCCCCACAUUGCUGUGUCUCUGGGUGAGGCUGGGCCCCUCACUCAGUCACUCAGUCACUUCCUCCAGGAGAUGAACAAUAACACCUCAAACCGCACCUCUACAGUCAACCCAAAUGCUCUCUUCAGCCAAGUGUGCAAAAAGGCCCAGAGGUUUCGUGGCUACCAGCAACAAGACAGCCAUGAACUCCUGCGUUAUUUGUUAGACAGCAUGAAAACAGAGGAAGUCAAGAGACGACAAGCUGCUAUUCUAAAGUUUUUCAAAUUGUCAGAAAAUAUUAAUCCAAAGAAAGUAGAUGAGGAAACUCGAUAUCGAGUCCGAGAAUAUGGUCGCCAGGGCAAGCACACUUUUGUUGAUGCUGUAUUUGGUGGGAACCUGAUCAGCACUGUGAUCUGUGAGGAAUGUUCUUAUAUAUCACAGAUCUUUGAGCCAUUCCUUGACAUUUCUCUACCUAUUACUGAGGAGAAGCCUCAGAGGCCAAACCAGGUACCAGGUGGGAGGAAGAAGGAGGCAGCAGAUACUGAGGUCCCGGAGGAUUCCCCCGCCAUUGGUGUAGACGGAUUUGCCUUCAAGGGCGAUAAGAAUGGUAAACACAUUAGCAAGAAGGAAAAACGUCAAGCAAAGAAGGAUGCAAAGAGACGUUCCAAAGUUUCCAAGAACCAAGUGUUGCCUAUGACAGGUGGCAACAUCCCUUCUGUGGAGGAAGGAGAUGGGCCUGGGGAGGGGGCAGAGCCUGAGACCGCAGAAGGUGAGCUAAGGAAGGAGGAGGAAGCACAGAAGGAAACGGUAGAUGAAGAUGGAAAUUCCAGUAAUAGAGAUGACCCAUCUGAUGCUGAUGUAGAGGACAACUUAGAGAGUGAUAUCAACAGAUUUGCCAGCUUGUCUGUCUCUUUUGGAGAGAAGUGUGUAGCUGAAGAGGAUGAGGGAGCUGUGGGCGGUGAUGAAGAUAAUGAAACCUUCCCAUCAGGCUGUGUGGUAGAAUCAAGCAUGCAGGAAUCGGGUGGAGCUGGGAAUUUAUCAGAGUCAAGUGGCACAUGUAAGGGCUCCCAGGGGGCGGAGAGCAGCACAGGGGCUGGCUCUAUGAGUGGGAGCACAAGCACCAUCAAACAGGGCCAGGACAGUGCUGAGGAGGAGCUGGGGCAAGACCAAUGCAGACACAACAACAUUGGUGAUGGGAAGGAGUUAGGACACAAUAGAGGGAGUAAUGGCCACAUAUGUAAGGAGGAGGGCAAUGGCUGUGGUCAGUGUGAUAGUGGGGUUGAUUUCAAUGGUCAAGCCUCGGACUCAAACAGAGACAUAAGUGGUGACGGGGAGGUGAAACAAAGUGCUAGUCUAUGUAAUGGUGAACUGGUAAACAGAACUUGUGACAAUUGUAAUGUAGAAAUGGUGAGAAAAAGUAUUUCAGAUACGCAUAUUAUGAACGGACAUGUAAGUAAUUGUGGCAUGUUGAGUAAGGAGGAGCCUGGCCUCUGUAAUGGCACCUCCACUGACACUUCAGUACUUACAGAUAAACUAGACAAGUUACAGGAUGACCAUGGAGAGGAGACCAGAGGCACACACAACACAACCUCAAGGAACACAUGUGAUCACCACUCCCUGCCAAAGUCACGGUCAGUGGAGUGCUUGGGUUCCAGUAUGGAAGGUGGACGUAACUCACCCAAGCCUUCCCAUUCUGCAGGUACGCUGGACAGUGUACAGAAAAAGGCCUGUCUGUGUCGCCAGGCGUCUAAGCAUUCAAAACGUAAAGAGGCCAAGGCAAAGUCAACCUUGACUCUGGGACAUAGGUACCAGCCGUCGUCACGGGAAUGCUCCAUCAUGUCCUGUCUGCACCAGUUCACGUCAGCAGAGCUGCUCACUGGCAACAACAGGUUUGGCUGUGCCCAGUGUACCAGGAUUAAAAACAAACAAUACCCUAACAAAGAGAAGAAAGACAAGCAGUAUUCCAUUGCCUCCAAGCAGUACCUGAUAUUUACACCUCCCCCUAUUCUCACACUUCACCUAAAGAGGUUUGAACAGGUUGGCUACAGCUCCAGGAAAGUCAAUCGUCAUGUAGACUUCCCUUUUGUGUUGGAUUUGGCCCCGUACUGUAGUUCUCUAUGCCAGGGUAUCAAGCCCGGGCAGCAGAAGAUCCUAUAUGCCUUGUACGGUGUGGUGGAACACAGUGGCCGUCUCAACGCUGGUCACUACACUGCCUAUGUUAAGGUGCGACCUAAUGUAGGCCUCACCAACACCUUCCUGCUGUCAGGAUUCCCAAGUCGACGCGAAUACAUCCAACGCUACAUGGAAAACCUGUCAAACAGUAUGCCCCUGGAGCGUGAGGAAGCCAUUGAUGUGCUAGAAGAGAAACUUGUACCGCCUGGGCGCUGGUACCACAUAAGUGACAGUCGUGUUACAGAGGCUACUGAGUCGACUGUACAAAGAGCCCAGGCCUACCUUUUGUUUUAUGAACGUAUAUACUAGAUACCUUAGCUCAACAAUUACUGUAGGCUUGCUGGUUCAGUAAGGAAUUUAAUGAGAAUGGGACGUUAACAUGACCCUUGUUUAUCAUUCCCUGAUUUUAAUAUUAACUUACCGACACAAUGUUGUGCUGCUGUAUGCUUUUAACUUACAGAGUGUUGAUCAUUGUGGUCAGACUAGCGUUCUUCCAGACCUGUCAGAAGUUUUAUCUGUUUACACUUCAUAUAUGCUAACAUUCUCCCAGAAGUUAUAUUUCUGGGUUCUUUGUUACAGGCUAGCAUUCAGUUAGAACUCCAAAAAGUUAUAUUUCUGGGUUCUUUGAUACAGGCUAGCAUUCAGUUAGAACAGGCUAGCAUUCAGUAGAACUCCCAGAAGUUAUAUUGUGAUGUUUUGUGCAUGCUAGCAUUUUCAACAAACUCUCAAAAGUGAAGUAAUUGUGAUCUAUAAUAUGGGCUAACAAUCACCCUCAGCUCUCAGCAGUGACAUCAUUGUGAUGUAUUUUUGGGCGAGCAUUCUCCUAAAACUCACUGAAAUGAUAUGGUGAUAUUGUAAAGAGGCUAGCAUUCCUUAGAAACAUCUUCCAGGGCUCUUGGGACGUUAUAACAUUGUGAUAUUUCAUAGAGGCUACCAUUCCCACCAACUCAAUAGUGAUAUCAAUAUGAUUUGGUUUCAGGCUAACCCUCUCGGCAUUGUUGACAGUAUGCCUAUCAAUUUGAGUGGAGUUCAUCCCCUUUUUUAUAUCACAUGCCAUUUUACCGUCAAAGUUGCCUCCCAGUUUUGACCGAUUUGGCUGCUUUACUGAUAGGGCUCGUGUGGACUAUAAGAUCAUCUAUCAUGAAUGUAGCGGUUUAUUGAAUGGUUGUUAAACAAUGUUUUAUUUAAGCUACAAAUCUAAAUUUGGUUGAUCUACAAAUGUUGCUUUACAUGUAUCAUGUCGGACCCUAAUGUGCUGUACUUACAAAGCUACAGUGAUCUUUGUUGUGGUUUUGGGCACAUGUCAAGAUUACCUUAAACAUUUAUAAAUAAAGAAGCUAAUAAUGUUCUAUUUUGAAGCAAGAUUAAGAAGCUCAGGACUUGAUUGAGUGGAAUCUGGCCAAAAUUUACUGUGUACAAUUGUUUGAUUAUCACGAAAAAAUAUAUUGUUUUGUGCGAGUAUGUGAGAAAUUUUUCUUGAUAAUUAAUGAGACUGUUACAUGAUAGCAUUUCACAACCGUUUUUAUACAAACUUUAUUGCUAUGUCUUCAAAACGUUGAUCAAGAUGUGAACAUUUAUGCAAUUUAGUAUGAAAAACUUAUAAAAGGUGAUAUCUUAUGAUACAUUAUAAAAUCACCUAACCAUCCUAAUUUUGUCAUCAAUACAUUACUAUUAUUUUACCAAAUUUUUAAAUUCUGAUAUCUAAUUUUCUUGAAGCAAAAGAAUAGGUUGUUUGAUGUGUUAGAACAUGUUUAUAUGUAAAACCUCAUUCUGAAAAAAAGUUUUGAUUAUUGCAUUGUACAAUUAAUGUUUCUAGUGACAAAUUAUGAACUGGUAUUUGUACAUUGUGACAAAAAAAGAAACAGAAAAAAAGAUAGGGCUGUAUUUAAUGUGGUCAAAAUAAAUUUGUGCUUAGUGAUUUUUAUUUUCAAUAUAAGGAUGUCUCAUUGUACUGGUAACAUCCACAUCUGUAGGUAUUUAUUAUAUUAAAGUUUAUUAUUUUUGUAAUAUUUUAAUCUUAUACAAAAUAAGAUUUAUUCAUCAAAAGGUAUCAUUUACUGAUUUAGUCUAAAUUUAAUUAAUUUGACACAUUCUUCUACAGCAUAUAGAACAACCAUUUUCCAGGAAGGUCCAAGUUUAGUAAUAUGAUGUUGUAAUUAUGAUUUCAACACUCAGCUAGGAAUGCCAGAUUAGUUUGGUAAUACAUAGCAAUGUUUUAAACUUUUUUGUAUUCUUUUGUGCCAUUCUGUUUUCAUACCAAGUUUAAUUCCUUUCUGCAUUGAAAGGCACUGUACCACUCACAAUCACCCCAACUGGGUGUUACCUACAGUGAAGUUCAGUAGAAUUGAGACUUGAAACUAAUAGAAAUAAUAAUUACAUAUUUAUCAUUAUAUCCAGUGUUCAGCAGAGUGUUUACAACUUAGACAGUUUCUUGCAUUGUAGUUGUGAAGUUACUUGUAUGGUAGGUAGAAGUUCAUUUAUAAAAUUUAAUAAAUAUCCUAUUUCAAUAGAUCAUACAUGAUUGUCAGAAUUUCUCCACAAAUUUUUGUUUUGUUUUCGUUAUUUUAAUGUUAAAUUCUCAUUGUCAUUUCAGUAAAAUGAUAUUGUUAUUGAUAUUAAUGACAUUUCACAAAUUCAGCUAGGUAGGAUUGAAUUUAAAUGAUAACACCAGACAGAGGAGUGUAAACCUUUCUGGUCCAUUUUAAACUACAUUGAUACAGUUUUUAUAAAUGAGCUGGGCUUGCUACACACUUCUGAUGUUUUACUGUAAAACACUAGUGACCUACGUUGUUGACCUUACUUGUGAACUGUAGAGUUGUGAGAUGCUAAGGUGAGGUUUUAGGUUGGUUACAGGUUAGACUACUUAUGUACAAUCACGAUAGUGUCCGACAUACCUAGCCAGCCUGCUCCUGUGUAGACGAGUCUGUGGCCCUAAAUCAAAUGCCUACUGUUGCGUCAAUGCAUGUUUAAUUCAUGGGCCAACAGGACUGGACUAGUCGGUCACUUCAGCACAGGAAGCAGGUUGUGUAUGUAAAUUACAGAAAGAAAGAUGUUGUAUAUCUGGCCCUGUCUAGAUAAUGCUUAUUCUGUUAGAACACAUGAUUUAUAAGUAGAGGCCACGUUCCCUUCACAAUAAACCUUGUUCAGUUAAACUAUAAUUCUCUCUCUCAGUAAUUAGGUUCCCUCAUUAAUGGUGAGAGUACUAAUCUAUAGUAAUCUCUUUUUCCUAGUCUGUCUGCUAGAUACAGGUCAUUUACUUUUCAGCAAUUCUUGUUCUGUCAGUUUAGAAUAUUUCUAUUUCUCAUUUAUUCUAUUAAUUUAGGACAUUUUUGCCUCCCAGUAAUUCCAUUAAUUUAGGACAUUUUUGCUUCUCAGUAAUUCUUUUUCUGUUAAUAUAAGAUUUUUUUGCCUCCCAGUAAUUCCAUUAAUUUAGGACAUUUUUGCUUCUCAGUAAUUCUUUUUCUGUUAAUAUAAGAUUUUUUUUCCUCCCAGUAAUUCCAUUAAUUUAGGACAUUUUUGCUUCUCAGUAAUUCUUUUUCUGUUAAUAUAAGAUUUUUUUGCUUCUCAGUAAUUCUUUUUCUGUUAAUAUAAGAUUUUUUUGCCUCCCAGUAAUUCCAUUAAUUUAGGACAUUUUUCCUUCUUGUACUCGGUUAUUCGUGUCCUGCACAGGACAUUUCCUUUCCCUAAAAAAUCUUGUCAAUUUGCAUAGGACAUUAUCCCCUCUUUCUGUUUGAUAAUUGUUUAUGUAGGGACACUUCCCAUUUUAAGUCCUGUAUUGUGCUAUGUAACAUUUGGCAUAUGUUAUUUUUGGCAUAUGUUAUUUGUGAUAAUAAAUAUAAAAAUGAGCUAUUUUUUCCAGUGCUAUUUACAGUGUGAUAUAUUUAUUGUUUAGCAUUGACAUACCAAAAUACAGUUUGUAUGGUCUGUUAAGGGGAGAACUCGUGGCUGACCGGACAAAUAGGUUGGUAAGUAUUCCUACAGAGUAUGUGUAACACUGCUAGGGGAGUACUUGUGGCUGACCGGACAGAUAGGUCGGGAAGUAUUCCUACAGAGUAUGUGUAACACUGCUAGGGGAGUACUCGUGGCUGACCGGACAGAUAGGUCGGGAAGUAUUCCUACAGAGUAUGUGUAACACUGCUAGGGGAGUACUCGUGGCUGACCGGGCAGAGUAUGUGUAACACUGCUAGGGGAGUACUCGUGGCUGACCGGACAGAUAGGUCGGGAAGUAUUUCUACAGAGUAACACUGCUAGGGGAGUACUCGUGGCUGACCGGACAGAUAGGUCGGGAAGUAUUCCUACAGAGUAUGUGGAACACUGCUAGGGGAGUACUCGUGGCU